GAUAGUGGGAGUAAACACUGGGAUGAUGGAUGCUGGCGGCCGACAAGGAAAAUGACACUUUUUGAAACACUCUAAGCUUAUUUAACACAUGUCUGUCAGCGAUCCACUCCUUCGGGAGUUGAAGGGAAUUGUUUUGGAACUUCGAACCAAAAAUGAAACUGUCUGUGAUAGAACACCAACACUGCUGAAGCUUAGUAAGAACCUCGAAGAAAUCUUCAGUAAAGGUCUGAAAAAUCCUGGUUGGUUUGGGAAGUGUGGCUAUUGGACAUGGAUAAGCAAGCUCACCAACAUUUCCAAACAAAGAAACAAUCCCAUCUUAUCAAUGGUUAUAGACUCGGUCAAAGAAUCAAAGAAGGUGUUCAGCAGUUGUGGGCGUGGCAGAUUGUUCAUUCGGUCAGCUCUGGUCAAGAAAGUCUUAGCUGUCCCUGUACAACUUCUGGCUAAGGACCAUCAGCUUGCUCAGGAGUGGUAUACAAACAAUUCCAUUCUUGGGGAUGAAAUACUGUCAGAAAUUUUCCAGUCUCUCCUUUUUGAACUGACAGAAGUUCCAUUCCAAUUACAAGUAAAGAAUGCCAGCUUUUUAGACAACACUUGGGAUUUAGCAAUUUACAGGAAGUUUGAGUUCGUGCCGUGUGAUGACCUCGGACUACACGUCCAGUUGGUUCAGGGACAUUUACUGGUGGUAUCCGUGGAGCCAGGCAGUGUGGUAGAGGAAGAUGGAAAGAUAUCCCUCGGUGAUGUGCUGGAUGAACUGUACAAACAGCCUCUGAAGAACAACAAGAUAUCCUAUGCACACAAUCUAUUGCACAAAUAUCGUGGUCUUCCAGUGCAUAUGAGUGUUGUAAAGUACCAGGAUAGGGAAGGUAACUUGUACCAGCCCAUUAUACCACUGUUGGGGGAGUGUGGUAUAGACCCCCUCAGUUUAGGGGGACCCUCUGCCUGGCAAGAUCACGCACACACCCUCAAUGGAAACAAGAAACCCCCACACGCUAUACUGGAGGAAGACGAGGACACAGAGAUACCUGUACACGGCUCAGACGGAGGUGCUUUGUAUGAAGCAUCUUAUCUUGGCCAUGCUAUACUAGGAAAGGACGGCCGUGUACAGAGAAUAGAGGAUGCUGUGUCACUUGUUGUAAGGAGUAACAAAAGGAAAAGGAGAGUGAAGCUUGAUCUGCGGGAAAAGGAAAUCUAUGUCUCUGAUCUGACAGAUGAUACGUUGGUACUACAGCAUGCCUACACGGCCAUAUCUGCGUGUGGAAGACGAACUGACGCCCUGACAUACAUUGGUUAUAUUGCUGGGGAGACGACCUGUAGUCUUGCCAAGGACUUUGUGUGUCAUGUAUUUGAGAUGCAAAAUGAUGAAGAGGCCAGGCUGGCAUUGUGUACUAUGGCUCAAGGAUUCGAGAGAACACAUCUACUUCUGUGAAAAGUUCUACUAUAAACAACAAGAAGACAGAAUUACAAUCAGUGAUACAGGAAUAAUUGUCAAGUUAAAAACCAAACAAAGUUUUCUGACACGACACUCGGGAAGGAUUGCAGAUGUUUUAAACAUCAGAGCUCUCCUAGUUUCAGUGUAAACUUACAUGUUGAUGUUUGCAGUCAUUGGUUUCAUUCUGCAGUAUUAACAUUUGUAUUGUACUCAACAAGUAAAUAGUUUCAGUCAUCAUAAAGGCCAAGGUAAGAUGAGAUGUGGUUUUGUCCAAGCAUUUCUCACAAUACUAACAUUUUAUACUCAAUAGUACUCUUUACUUGUUGUAAAAAUUCUCCAUAACAAACAGCUUUAUUGUCGAAUGUACACUGUUAAAGCUUUAGCUGGUGCACAACUCACUUGGAACCAUCUAACAGCAAUUGUCAAAAUUUGAUAUUGUAUUGGACUUGGUGAGGUCUAGAUAUUUAAGGUUGUGUUUUCAUUUUUUUUGUAAAGUUUAUUUUUUUUUUAUUUUUUUUCGUUUUGUCGUUUGAUCUACUGCAUAGCAGUAUGUAUUGUUCUUAUUGUCGUUGAAAAUGCAAUGCAAGUAGUUUUGUGCUGUAGGAAUUGAAGUAUGUGAAUUGAUGUUAAUUUCUCUAAUUUGUUACACACUAGAAAUGUAUUUUCUUGUAUCAGGUAUAAACCUUGAUUAUAAACAAUGGAGUUGCCAUAUUAGAAUCUAGUCAGGCAAGGUCGUAGUUUUCUCAAACAUCAGCUUGUUGCCGAGAUUAUCUUCCCGUUCCUUGUCGGUUGGUUCCAUGUCCAGGUUUAGAUUCCUGAUCUGUGGAGUGCCCUUAAUUCCAAUAAAGUCUCGGUCCCUAUUCAUGUAGCUGUAAGCCCCUGUACAUUCACGUUUGGUCAGGCCUUAUAAUAAUCUAGUAUCUCUACCUGUAGAUAUGUCCAUCCUAGCUCCCUGUUUAUUCUAGUCUUUUCUUUGUAGGUAAAGGUUCAUUUGUGAAUUACUAAAUCGUUAUAGUAUAGUUCCCUUGGUUCCUGUAAUUCCCUCAGUCCAAGUAAUCAUCCUGGAUCCUUUACCUCCCUUGAUCUAGAUAGUUCCCCUUGUCUAUGUGGUUCCCUCUGUCCCCGUAAUUUCCUCAAAGCUUGUACCCUGUAGUUCCAUUAGUCCCUGUACUUACCUCAGUCCCUGUAACUGUCUCAGUCUCUGUAGUUCCCUUGGUCUAUGUGGUCCCUCAAACCCUGUAGUUCUUCAGCCCCUAACUUCUUCGGUCCCAUUAGUUCCCUUGGUCUAUGUGGUCCCUAAGAACCUGUAGUUAUCUCAGUCCCUGUAGUAACUUCCUCGGUCCCAGUAGUUCCCUUGGUCUAUGUGGUCCCUAAGAACUUGUAAACUUGUAGUUCUCUCAGUCUCUGUAGCAACUUCUUCAGUCCCAGUAGUUCCCUUGGUCUAUGUGGUCCCUAAGACCCUGUAGUUCUCUCAGUCCCUGUAGUAACUUUCUCAGUCCCAAUAGUUCCCUUGAUCUAUGUGGUCCCUAAGACCCUGUAGUUCUCUCAGUCCCUGUAGUAACUUCCUUGGUCCCAGUAGUUCCCUCGGUCUAUGUGGUCCCUAAGAACUUGUAGUUCUCUCAGUCCCUGUAGUAACUUUCUCGGUCCCAGUAGUUCCCUUGGUCUAUGUGGUCCCUAAGACCCUGUAGUUCUCUCAGUCCCUGUAAUAACUUCCUCGGUCCCAGUAGUUCCCUUGGUCUAUGUGGUCCCUAAGAUCCUGUAGUUCUCUCAUUCCCUGCACUUCCCUUGUCUCUGGUUUUUGCACGCAUGGCAUCAAGUGCCUGUGUAGCUAAGCAACAUUUUUUCAUCAUCUUUCAUCCAUGUUUCAUUGAUUGACUUCUACACAAUCCUGAGGCCAAAUCAUAUUGGCUCUGGAACUUGCUUUGUUUGGGUGGAGGACUAUCAAAUAUCAUCAAAUAAUGCCACCUGUAUCAAAUGACCACCUCCAUUAACCACCUGUGUUAAGUGACUACUUUUAAUGUCCCUGCAUUUAAGUGAUUUCAUUGUAAACUGAACCGAUAUUAAGA